AUCAAUUAUAUCAUAGUGAAUUUAGUUCGAAGAUUAUAUUACUUCAAACUACAUCAAGUUAUCACGCAAAAUAACUUAAAAUGUUGACUAAAUCACUCAUCAUAGUUCUGUCUGCUUGCAUAUUUCUCCAGGACAAUUAUGCUGCUGCAACAGAACACAGCUACACUGGAGAUUUUUUUCGAAAAAUAGGUGAUUUAAAGUAUAGAGAAGGUGAUGCUGUCGAUAGAUUGUUCAGUAUAUUCCAUCCUCACGAUAAUUCUGACAAACCUAGGCAUUCUCUUUCUGGUGAUAUCUUACGGGCUAUUGGUGAUUCUAAAUAUAGAUUUGCUGACAAAGCCGAUAGAGCUGUAGAAAAAGUUAAGACUCAUGCAGGGGAAGCAAUAGGAAAAAUCAUAAGCAAAUUUCAACCAACAGAAAGAUCUGUACCAGCUCAACCCAGGCCGAAGGCUGCUCCAAUUCCUGACAGACCAAUUCCAACAUGUCCAUCUCCAUCGAACCCUCCAUCUGAAUGCUCUCCGAACCCUGUAAAACCAGCUCCAGUAUUCCCAUUACCGUCAAAACCAACCGAAUACUCUCCGAACCCUGUAAAACCAGCUCCAGUAUUCCCAUUACCGUCAAAACCAACCGAAUACUCUCCGAACCCUGUAAAACCAGCUCCAGUAUUCCCAUUACCGUCAAAACCAACCGAAUACUCUCCGAACCCUGUAAAACCAGCUCCAGCACUCCCAUUUCCGUCAAAGCCUCCAACCACAACCAUAACCCCAGAACCUUUUGUUCCAAACAUUGCUCCCACCGUAAGGUCAUCGAUUCCUAAAUUUUUAUUUAUUUCUGAUGGAAUUACACGAGAGCUAUCAACAGAUGAAAUUAUCGAAAUAGGAAACUAUUUUGAACGAUCAAGGAAAGUAUCUACAAAUUAUUAAUAAGAAACAUAAAUUUACAUGUGACAACUAUGAAGAAUUCGAUUUAUGCGAACAUGAAUUAACAAUAUUUUUAAAAUGAAAAAUUGAAUGUUUACUUAUUUCUAUAUCAGUUUUAUAUUUUUGUAUUUUGUUAUUCUAAUUCCAUGAUUCCAAAUUUUGAGAACUGAAAAAUGUAUACUAUGAUCUUAAAAAACAAUGCAAUUAACCACAAAUUAUAUAUAGUACAGAAAAAUAUCAUGUUUAAUAAAUAAUCAUUUGAAAAAAUAAA